UCGCAAGUCAAAGGUCAGUAAAUAGUGGUGAUGUCAUGCAGGCAAGAUGGCGGAAGGGGAGGACGUGGGAUGGUGGCGGAGCUGGCUGCAGCAGAGCUACCAGGCAGUCAAGGAAAAGUCCUCUGAAGCCUUGGAGUUCAUGAAGCGGGACCUGACAGAGUUCACCCAGGUGGUGCAGCAUGACACGGCCUGCACCAUUGCAGCCACAGCCAGUGUGGUCAAGGAGAAGCUGGCUACUGAAGGCUCCUCGGGGGCAACGGAGAAAAUGAAGAAGGGUUUGUCUGACUUCCUAGGGGUGAUCUCUGACACCUUUGCUCCCUCACCGGACAAAACUAUCGACUGCGAUGUCAUCACGCUGAUGGGCACGCCCUCUGGCACUGCUGAGCCCUACGAUGGCACCAAGGCUCGCCUCUAUAGCCUGCAGUCAGACCCAGCAACCUACUGCAAUGAACCAGAUGGGCCCCCGGAAUUGUUUGACGCCUGGCUUUCCCAGUUCUGCUUGGAGGAGAAGAAGGGGGAGAUCUCAGAGCUCCUUGUAGGCAGCCCCUCCAUCCGGGCCCUCUACACCAAGAUGGUGCCAGCAGCUGUUUCCCAUUCAGAAUUCUGGCAUCGAUAUUUCUAUAAAGUUCAUCAACUAGAGCAGGAGCAGGCCCGGAGGGAGGCCCUGAAGCAGCGGGCAGAACAAAGCAUCUCUGAGGAGCCUGGAUGGGAGGAGGAAGAAGAGGAGCUUGUUGGCAUUUCCCCCACAUCUCCAAAAGAAGCAAAGGUUCCUGUGGUCAAAACUUCCACAUCCCUUGAAGAAGGACCUGACCCCCAGAGCCCCUGUGAGGAGAACCUGGUGACUCCAGUUGAGCCUUCAAAAGAGGUGACCCCAUCAGAGAGCAGUGAGAGCGUCUCCCUCGUGACACAGAUUGCCACACCUGCUACCACGUUGGAGGCACCAGUGCUGCCCAAGGACGUGUCCCAAAAGCUUCUAGAGGCAUCUUUGGAAGAACAGGGCCUGGCUGUGGAUGUGGGUGAGACUGGACCCCCACCCCCAGCUCAGUCCAAGCCUCACAUCCCUGCCGGGCGCCCCAGUGGCCCAGAACCCAGGCCUCCAGCCAGAGUAGAGACUCUCAGGGAGGAGGUGCUCACAGACUUACGGGUGUUUGAGCUGAACUCGGACAGUGGGAAGUCUACACCUUCCAACAAUGGAAAGAAAGGCUCAAGCACCGACGUCAGCGAGGACUGGGAGAAGGACUUCGAUUUGGACAUGACCGAAGAAGAAGUGCAGGUGGCACUGUCUAAAGUGGAUGCCUCCGGGGAGCUGGAAGAUGUAGAGUGGGAGGACUGGGAGUGAGGGGCGCCGAGGCAAGCAGCUCCCCUCCCACAGCACCUCCCACCUCCCUUGCUCAUCUCAGCCCGGCCCUGGAAGACACUGACCAAGAAUGUCCCCGCAAAUGGCCUGACAACCAGAGCUCUCAGCCCAGAUUCUGGGUUGCUCCUUACUGGCCCUUUGGGCCUCUGCUCACAUCUGGAAAGGGGCUCACAAAAUCCAAACCAAGAACUCUGACUUGUGCCAACUAUAGAAUGACCUAAGGGGGAGGAAACCUCCCCCCUCACCGGAAGAGCCUACAUAUCUCUGCUGAAUACCCACUGUUCCCGGGGACUCUUGCUGGGAAGUCCCAAGGGACAGCCCCCUACUUUCUGCCUGUGUGGACAGAAGCUGAACCAUCGGACUCGUGGAGGAAGCCCAUUCAAAACACUGUCCACCCUUUAAGCAGGCACAGAAAGCCAUGCCACCUGUCGUUGGCUAGACAGAGAUGGCGAACACAUUUUGGUUCCUAUUCCUUCGGGUAAGAAAUAUUGGACUCUGGGAAAUUUGCCUCUCUUGGUGAUCUCCCCUUCCCAGGCAUUUUCCAUUCCUAGAAAGGUUCCUUGAGGUUCAGCAUCUAGAGACCAAACACAGAGUUCCCACCUUUCCUCCAGUCCAGGCUGGUAUGUCCCCAACGCCUUUCCCAGGGCUUCUUCAUGUCAGAUGCACCCAAGUCCUUAGCCCAGCUGUGCCACCUGCAAGACUGCUCUUGCUUUUCUUCCCUUCCCCACGAACGGGGAGGCCACUUCAGGCCUGCUGUGCGUUGUCUGGUGAGGUACCUUGUCCAGCCAGCUACCCAUCUCGACCCCCUGGAGAUGAAGACACAAGCCAGCUCCUGACAGUACAGAGCAGUGAUCAAAGCCGAGUACUCAACUCUAGCAAGCCCAACUUCUCUGCCUCAGCCCUUUUGCUUCUUGAAGGGAUGUGCUGCGGUGAACUUCUUGAGACUCUCAUCAGGCUUCUGCAAAAGCUCCUCUUCCUGAAGAUAGACCCAGUCUUUGUGGCUCUCAUCCUCCACUCGUACAGAUGCACCUCUCCUGGGGGAAGGAGAGGCUGCAGGAAUCCCUGGUGCUUCACGACGCUGCUCUGGUGAUUCUUGUACAUACAUAGUCUGGUGUGUUCACCAGUGAUUUAGUGGGAUCGUGGUCAGGGCUGCCAAGAGAGCAGUGGUCACUUCCACUUCAAACCUUCAACGAGGGGGAGCGACGGAGAGAAGGCUGAAUCUUUUUGAUGGGAUGGGGUUUUUCUCUUUGUAAUUAUUUCUUUAGUUUAAUUAAUCUUUUGGUUGUUUGUGCAAUAUUAUAUAUUUUAAAUUAUAAUGCAUCUCCCCAGAGUAUUUUGUAGCCGGGAAAAGAAAAAAGGAAAAAAAAAGAUUCCAACAGCUGUUAGUUUUGUAAUUAAAAAAGAAAGAAAAAAGAACUUUGUCCUGAACCUUUUCCAGACUUGCCGUUAACAGCAUUAAAGAGAUUCACCAAAAGCUG